AUGUCAGACCCCCCCAACAACAACCAAACCACGUUUAGUGGCGGCGACCCCCCUGCCGACAAUAAUUAUACCGACAAUAAUAAUGAACAGACUAAUAUUAAUGAUAUGCAAAAAAUUAUUGCUGUUGAACUGAAGGAGAAAGAAAGUUCUCAUUCCAGAGGACCUCAUUCUCAUGAAGCUCAUCACAUCAAACCCUCGACAAAAAUCCAAAAAAAUAAUGAAAAACCAGACUCCCAUAAAAAAAUUGAAACUAUCCACAAAAAGCUUGAAUCGAAUGAUAAGCAUAACGCUUCUUCAAACCACGAAACCCCCGUUGAAACCCCUAUUGUGAAUGUUGGUCCAACCUUGAACCCUACCUUUGACUCUUCACCAGAUGGUGGUGAUGUUGAAAUUGACGCAACACCAUCACGUGACAUGGAUGUUCUCAUGCCGGAUGCAAAUCCAUUUGGUGAUAAUUCUGAAGCCUGGGAAUACAUCUUAAAACUUAAGGAUGUAUUUCUGGUUGAAUUGUCUAUUGUUAAAGAAGACUUGAGUAUUACAAUUGAAGAUUGGGAAAUAAAAUUUCAAAAUCUUGAACUUAAAAACAAUGAGUUAGCUAAACAACUCAUUGCUUUGACCGAAAAGCUUAAAGCUUCAGAAGGACAAGUGAAUUCUCUUCGCUCAGAACUUGAUGUUUUAAGAAACAAUCAGGUUCACACAGAAGUUAAACAUGUGAUGUUUGAAAAACUCAAAAAGGAAGUUAAAGAUAAUAAGGAUCAUUGCGAUAAAGUGAAACAUAAAGCUGAUGAAAUAGCUAAGAUGACUCUUCUAGAUUUGUCUCAAGAAAAAGCAAGAAACAAAAGAAUUAUCGACACUGAAAUCAAGGAAUUCAAAGAAAUGACCAACAAUCUUGAGAAAAGAGUUGAUAAUAUGGAAUACAAAGUUGGAACUAUUUCAACUAAGGCUGAUUUAACUACCAAAGAACUUAGCUACGCAAAAAAGGAAAUCAAGAGCGCGGUAAGAAAAGUCGACACUUUGCCAUUUGCUUUGACCCCUAAAACUCCAAAUGGAGCAACUCCAAAGUUGAAAGACAUUAUGAAGGCUCAAAAACAACACCGUGAAACUAAAGUUGAUGAAGACAAACCCACUUUUAGAGUGUGCAUAAGAAUUCCAGAUACCAUGAAAAGAGUUAAUAUCCCUGCGAUUGGAAAGAAAAUUGAUGCGGUUGCACAAAAGCCGGUGGCUCAGGAAAUAGGCUAUACUGUCAAAGGGCAUUUAUAUGUUCAACUUAAUGACAAAGAUUUUGCUGAUAAAGCUGCAGAAUGGAUCCCCAAAGUUGACCCUACUUAUUCAGUGCUUGACACAGAUUCUUGGUACAAGGCUGUACUUCAGGAAAUACCUAAUACGGCAUCGAUUGAAGACUUGAAAGAAACUCUCUACAAUUUUAAUGAUUACCAUAUUGUUUUGAAUACCGAACCCAAAAUCAUUAGCAGAAACCAAUUUACCCAAACAGCAUUGGUUUCAUUCAGAAAUGCCCAAGACUAUGCGAAAGCAAUUACUUACAUUAGGUCUAACUCUGACUUACGAGCAUUAACUACUAAAAUUGAAAAGUUUACAAAUCGAGAUAUGGUUACCAUUUUGGUUAAAGACAUUACAAUUGUCAAUGUCUAUAAUCAACCGAAACCAUCCAAGAAAUACCCUGAGCCACCGGUUUUUGAGUUUCUCAAACGGGAGAUCAAGGAACAAUACUCAAAGAUUGUCAUUGCAGGUGAUUAUAACUUACAUCACAAGGAAUGGGAGUCAAGGGCAGGUCCGAAUACGGAAGCAGAUGAAGUUGUUGAGUGGCUACAUGAAAAUGAUAUGAUGUUAAUUACUCCAAGAAAUCAAAAAACAUACAACAAUAGAACCAAUAUUGAUUUGGUUUAUGGCUCAGUGGACUUACUUCAUAGAAUUUCAUUUAGUGGAGUGGAUGAAAAUACACUAAGUGAUCACUCAAUUGUGGAGUGGGACAUCUAUAUGUCUCAGAGUAAAAACGGGGAUGAAGUUUUUACUUCGGUGAAGAGAUUGAAUAUUAAGAAUGCAGAUUGGGAAAAGUUUGACAAGGAGCUUUCUUCUGCCAUUAAAGAUUUUAAUGUGCAUAACAAAACUCUAAAAUCAACUGACCAAAUUGAUGACCAAGCUAAAGUUCUUGAGGAGGUUGUAAAAAGAGCAAUGGCAAAGUCGAUGAAGGAAGUUAAGGUGAUGAAAAAGUCCAAACGCUAUUGGAAUCAAGAAUUAAGGGAGAAGUUAGAAAAAGCGCUAGAAGCUAAGAGGGAAGCCCGUCAAAGGCAACCUUCUUUGGCUUUGAAACGACAAAAAAUUGAAGAGGCGAAAAAAGCUAGAAAAAUUUUUGACCACAGUUUGCGUGAGGCAAGUACUGAGCAAUGGAAUAAAUAUUUGUCUAGUUUAGAAGGAAAUGACAUUUGGAAGAUUUUGAAGUAUAUUAAUCCAAAAAGCAAUGAUACCAUUAUACCACAAAUUAGAAAAGAAGAUGGAACUCUCACUACUACUGUUGACGAAAAAAGACAUGAAAUAUGGAAGGCACUUCUACCUGAAAUUGAUCAUGGUCUUGAUAGAGAGUUUGAAAUUGAUGACGAUUCUCGAUGGCCAAAAUUAGAGUUUGAUGAAGUUGACUCUGCAUUGGCUGAUACCCCAAAUGAUAAAGCUCCAGGAGACGAUGGAAUUACUGGCAAAGUUUUAAAGAUGGCAUGGCUAAAUAAAGACUUUAAGGAAAGGUUUUUCAAGCUUCUCCAAGCUUGUGUAAAGUUUGGAUACCACCCAAAAGUCUGGAGACAUGGCAUUAUUGUUGUUAUACCUAAACCUAAGAAACCUGACUAUUCAAAGCCAAGAGCAUACCGACCAAUUUCCUUACUUAAGAUUCCAUCUAAAGUACUGGAAAAAAUUAUACAAAAAGAAUGA